AUGGUCCUCAGUAGGAAAAGGGUCGAUAGUUCUUUCCAGGUUGGGGGUGAGUUGCUGCCUCACGUGAAGGAGAUCAUGUAUCUUGGGGUUUUGUUCACAACACAUACCUGCACUUACCAGAAUGUUUUAAACUUCUUGAACCUGACUAAAAGUAAUGAAAUGUAUACCAUGAGCCGACCGACUUCACAUUACAAAAACGAAACACUGAUUUUUCUAGAUAUGGCCAUCUACGCCAUCCUGGAUGUGAAAGAAUCUGACCAAACUUUCAUAUCCUACAUUUGGAUAGAUAUGGCCUGGGCGAAUCCCCUUCUUGGAUGGAAUGAAAGUAUUUUUUGUGGAAUUUCACAGUUAACGGUUCCGACUGAAGUUUUGUGGAAGCCUGAUCUAACCAUCGAAGAGAUGGUAGAGAAGGACAAAGCUCCACCCAGCCCUUUUCUCAAAGUAUUUAGUAAUGGUUUAGUGGAAUAUAGGAACGACCAAGUUGUGAUCAGCACCUGCAGGAUGCGCGUCUACAGAUUCCCAUUUGACUUCCAGAGCUGCAACAUCUCCUUUAAGUCUGUCUUGCACUCCGAUGAAGAACUCAAGAUUCUGUAUUAUGAAAAUGAUACAGCACUCACUGAGUGGUCGCGUGAAGUGAUGCAGACGCAGUACGAGUGGCUUUUCAUGAACCAGUCAGUCACCAAGAAAACUGUCAGCUACUUUGGAUUCAACCAAACCGUAAUUGUUCACACAAUCACGAUGAAGAGGAGGUCUUCCCUCUAUGUUGCAAACUUCUUGCUGCCUGUUCUCUUCUUCUUGUGUCUGGACUUUGCCUCCCUCCUGAUGUCUGAAGGUGGAGACAAGAUUGGCUUCAAGGUCACGGUGCUGCUUGCUGUCACAGUGAUGCAGCUUAUUCUCAAUGAGAUUCUACCGGUUUCCUCAAACAACAUUCCACUUGUAGUGAUUUACUGCAUUGGGAUUUUUGGUCUGAUGCUGCUCAGCCUCAUGGAGACUAUUUUGGUGAAGUAUCUGAUGGAGAAAGACUCAGCAUCUCAGGACAGCAACACAGACAAUGGCAUGAAGAUGAAUGAGAGAGGUGACAAUCAGAACUUAAAGAACAGUUCAUUCAUCAGUGAUGAGAUGGCUUAUCAAACAUCAUCAGCCUACAAGGAGGGCAGCAGCAGCCAACUGGCUGAAUUAUUCCUUGUGAUGGAAAAGGCGUUAGAAGAGCUACAGGAAAUAAAACUACUCACCAACAACAGACAGACGCGAGGCUACUGGACCAGACUGGCUAACAGAAUCAACAAGGUGUUCACAGUUUUUUACAUCACAGCAGUCAUUGUGUUUUUAUGCACUCUCUUUCCUCUUUGGAUGUCACAGUCAGAUUAAAAGGACAAGUGUUAAAAACAUGUUUAGAUCAU